UUAGCCUGGCGGAAGUACCGGCGAGGCCUUCGUUGACGACCUUCGCUGUUGCCGCCACUUCCUUCUUCCGCCCGGCCAGGUGUCUUGGGUUGCGUCGCUUCUGCAAUGCUGCUGGCCGGUGACGAAGCCCCGACCGGGGAAGGAAUGAGCAAGAAAAAAGAAUCUGAAGAGCAAGUUGUGGUACAUGAAGAGUUCACGUAUGUUAAUGGAGCAGCUACCCAGAUCUUAAAGUGCGGCCCUUGGAGAGAUCUCUGGAAAUAUGAAAAUACCCCCAAAGUCUUAUUUCUAGUUAUCCCCGGUAAUCCAGGACUUGCUGACUUUUACCGGACCUUCAUCCGAACUUUGUACUGUAGCCUGAAACAGCAGUAUCCAGUUUGGGCAGUAAGCCAUGCUGGACACUGUAAAGUCCCUAAUGGCAUGAAAAUGACAGAAGAGACAGAAAAUAGCAACAUAGAUGAUGUCUUUGGACUUCGUGGGCAAAUAGAGCACAAACUGAGCUUUCUUCGAAAAAAUGUGCCCAAAGAUGUCAAGCUUGUACUGAUCGGACAUUCGAUUGGGUCGUACAUUUCCCUUCAAAUUAUGGAACUUGCGCCGGAACUGGAGAUUCUUCACAGUGUGCAUUUGUUCCCUACAAUAGAGCGCAUGGCCCAGUCUCCGCAAGGAAAGAUUUUGACACCAUUGGUUUGCUAUCUUCGCUACAUUGUAUAUAUACCUGUAUACCUGAUGACCCUUCUUCCAGAAAGAGUAAAAAGCCCAAUAGUGCGCUUUGUAAUGGGAGGAAGAUGCAGUGAAGAAUUAUUAACAACGGUCAUGGAUAUGUUAAACAUGGAUUGUUUAGCAAACGUUUUUUACAUGGCAAGUCAAGAGAUGAGGAUGGUCACAAAGAGAGACAGCAGUACCAUAAGAAAGCAUUUAAAGAAGCUGACUUUUUACUAUGGAGCUAAAGAUUUGUGGUGUCCCAGGCAAUAUUAUGAAGAGAUGAAGAUGGAGUUUCCAGAGGGAGACAUCCAGCUAUGCGAGAGAGGAUUCCAUCAUGCUUUUAUCCUGCGUUCUUCCAAAGAAGUGGCUGAAAUGGUGACACACUGGGUACUGGAUGAUCUGGACAGGCUGUAAAUAAGAGGUGGAUCAGAAGGUGGGACAGGAGGGAACCACUGUCCUUGAAAAGACUUGGACAUCUGGGCAUUGUGCGUUACUUCCUCUAGAAGAUGUGGUCUAACUUUGCAGUGUGAAGAACCGUCCCAUUGACAGGAGUCCUACUAAUAGCCCAUUGUAUGUUUUUCAAGAACUUGGACUGGCUUUUGCCAAAGGUGAAUUGGGAUUUUUUAAAAGUGUAAAAUACUCAUUCAGUGGCAGUGUCUUGUGCAUUCUAAACCCACGUCAAGUGACCCCCAUACUAACAUUUGUGAGAAGGUUGCAGUUUUGUUCUUAAAAGUGAGUUCACAAAUGCCCAAGCAGUGAGAUUUUUCUGAAGACUUAGAGGGCCAUGAUAGAGCAGGCAGAGCAGCCAUACUCCUCAGAGGCAAUAAUCACCAUGGAGAUAAUUUACAUAUUCAGCCCAAAAUAAUUGGCUGUGAGUUAUAGCAGGAUGCACAACCAUGUAUGAAUCAGCCUUCAGAUUUAAAAAAUUUUAAUUUUAUUUGAAUGCAGUGCAGGAAAAGACAGGGUUAAUAAUCUGCUGGAUGAAGAUUUAUCAGUUUGAAGUCUUAAACUCUCCAUUUGUAUAAACUCUCUCAAGAUUUUAGAAUAAGUUUGCAAAGAAUGCCAGAAGAUACAUUUUUGUAGAAAUACUUAAUGAAAAAGUGUUCAAAUAAAAUAAAGAAGGGAGUUCUGUACAUGAGUAUACAAAAUAAUUUUCCCUUCAGAGUGCAUUUAAAAUAUAAAUGAAACAAUCUUUAAAAAAAUUAUUCCUUUCCCCAUAUCUGCCCCUGUGCACCCUUUGAACCUAUUCACUGAUCAUGAGACAGGAGAAAAGAAAUGAACUGGAAGGGAAAAUGUGUAUUAUUUAUUGUGUGACUGUAUUUUUCACCUUGUUAAACAUUUAUUAUCUCCCACAUCAGCUCACACGGCUGAAAAGGGGAGGCAGGCUCUGUCGUCAAGUUAACGAAUUGAAACUACAUGACACGCAAGGGAAAGGGAGUGAAUUGGAAAGGGAAGGAAGAGGAGGGAGGUGGUUUUUUGAAGACUAGAACAAGGUGUAAGCUGUAAGCAGGCAUCUAAGCACAGAUCAGGCAUGGCUGGGUUCCUUUCACCCCAAGGGCAUCUCCUCUAUAUAUUCAAGACCAGCUUGAUACCACUUCCUCUGGCCUGGCUCCAUCCUAUCUAUGGAGCUCUGCGCUCUGUAGCUGGAAUUCUCUGCUGUCGUUCAAAGGAGAGCACACAAGCUUUCUAGCAGAGAAUUCUUAAUUAUCUUAUCCAGCAUCAAACUCCAGAUUAGGUGGAGAGGAAUAAUUGCAGUUAAGGUGAGAUUGAACCACUACCCUUCUGCCCUCUACACAUCAAGUGCCUGAGCUGCUUGAAUGCAAAAUGAAUAGUUUCUUUACAAUGAAAUUCAGAGAAGUAGUUUAGUGAUGUCAUGCUUCGAUAAAAGAAGCCAUGAGCCGGUGGCUCCCUGUGCACUCUCAAAAUCUUAAUUUGAAGAUUAUAAAGACCCUGAAGAGCAGAUUUUCAGAAGGUGCGUGAGACAGAAACAAAGAAGAUAAAGUUCAGCAUGCACACACAUUUCUGGCAGUGCAAGAUUAAAUUCCACCUUAAGCAGCAUUUAAGAUCACUAUUCAAUGUGCAUAGUACAUUGAGUCUCAUGGUGCAGUAGUUAACUUGCAGUCGUCGUUUAGUCAUGUCCGAC